CCGCAUGCUUCUCUACCCCCUCACCUAUAAAUCCAUCGGCUUAGCACCAACACUUCAUCAAUCCAUUAGCAAGCCGAGCACUACUGCUAGCAGCUGAACACCACCCGAUACAAACCGAAGUUCUCUGAACCUUUAGUAGCCAAAAAAAAAGAACCAUGGUCAGUGCCAAGAGACUCGUCCAAAUGGCGAAGAAGUGGCAGAGAAUGGCCGCCCUGGCAAGGAAGCGGAUCACGUCGGCGCCGGCGAAAGAAACCGAAGGGUCGCCGUGCAGCACAUCGUCGGUGGCCGGCAAGGGCCACUGCGUGGUGUACUCGGCCGACGGCCGGCGGUUCGAGGUCCCGCUGGCGUACCUCGGAACGGCGAUCUUCGGCGAGCUCCUGAGCCUGUCGCUGGAGGAGUUCGGGUUCGCCGGCGAUGACGGCAGGAUCACGCUGCCCUGCGAUGCCGCCGUGAUGGAGUACGUAUUGUGUUUGCUCAGAAGAGACGCAUCGGAAGAGGUCGUGAGGGCUUUCCUCCUGAGCUCCAUGGCGAGGCCUUGCCACUAUGGAAAUGGCUUGGUGAAAUCUGUGGGUGUUAGCCAGGAAGUUGCUGUUUCUAGCUUCUGAAGAUUAUACCACUAAGAGAUUGCUUUCUUUUUGUCGCAUGGCACAUGUAAAUACAUUGUUGGAGAUUGGAAAAAUAUAUAUGAUUGUUCGAAAAGAAAUGGAGCAGAGAUAUACACUGAAAGUUC